AUGGGGGUAAAAGUGGGACGAGGAGCUCCCCUGCGCGACCCUUGCCAUUGUCAAUGCCCUCCAUCCCGCCGAAGAAUUGGGGCGCCAUCCUGGGCUAGCGGCUGUCCUGUAUGCUACUCCACUUCCUUCACGGGCAUUAGCCGCGGUGGCAGACACUACCAUAGAUCACGCCCCGACCAUCCGGCUCACGACGUCUUGAAAAAACACCAGCCGAAGGAACAAAGAGGAUGGGCAGUGGUCAGCGUUGACAACUCUCCCCUAGACCUGUCUAUGUCGCUACUAUCCCGCUCGCUCAUCACACCCCCUGGUUCGUCGUCGCCCGUGGACACAGACAAAUCCUCAGACUCUGAAGGACAGCGGAUGACGCAGGCCAGGUCGCCGAAGAGGUCCGGUCGGCCGGAGAGGAGCCUGCUGCCCUGUGAAGUUUGCGGUAAGGCCUUCGAUAGACCGUCCCUUCUGAAGAGGCACAUGAGGACGCACACAGGAGAGAAACCUCACGUCUGUAUGGUGUGCAACAAAGGUUUCAGCACAAGCAGCUCGCUCAACACCCACAGGCGAAUCCACUCCGGCGAAAAGCCUCACCAAUGUCAGGUCUGCGGGAAACGGUUCACCGCCUCCUCAAACCUCUACUACCAUAGGAUGACGCACAUCAAGUCACUCUCAUCCGUCCACGUCGCCGCGAUUAGCUCCGCUAAGAUUUUCCAGGGAUUAUCAUUUCCUGCUGAUCGGCCCCGACUGGACACACAGAUCCUCUCUAAUCCUCCGGAGAUGAAGCCGAUAUAG